AUGGCUGGAAAGGUGAACAAUUUCGCGAUCGGCCUUAUUGGCAUGGGGGAUAUGGGGAAGAUGUAUGCCAAUAGGCUCAGCGAGGCAGGAUGGAGAGUAAACGCCUGCGACAAGGAGGACAAAUACGAGAGCUUGUGUGAAGAAUACGGAGAUAGAAAGAAUAUCUAUAUAUUUCCCAAUGGCCAUCUCGUGUCCAGAGCAAGCGACUACAUAAUCUACAAUGUCGAGGCCGCUUCCAUUGACAAAGUCGCUGCUCAAUAUGGACCUUCCACAAAGCAGGGUGCUAUUGUCGGUGGCCAAACAUCUUGUAAAGCCCCAGAAAUUGCAGCAUUUGAGAAGCAUCUACCAGAAGAUGUGGACAUCGUUUCAUGCCACUCCCUCCAUGGUCCCAAUGUUGAUCCCAAAGGACAGCCAUUGGUACUGAUCAAGCAUCGCGCAUCACAAGGGAACUUUGACAAAGUCGAGCAUGUCCUUUCAUGCCUCGGAUCAACCCAUGUCUAUCUCUCAGCCUCUCAGCACGAUCGUAUCACAGCAGACACCCAAGCCGUCACUCAUGCUGCUUUUCUUAGCAUGGGUAAAGCCUGGCACGCCAAUGCUCAGUUCCCUUGGGAGAUCGCACGUUACGUAGGCGGCAUCGAAAACGUCAAGAUCAACUUGACUCUUCGAAUAUACUCCCAGAAGUGGCACGUUUACGCAGGUCUAGCAAUUCUGAAUCCAUAUGCCAAAGAACAAAUCCGACAAUACGCACAGUCAGUCACAGAUCUGUACAAGCUGAUGCUUGGCGGACACCGAGAGGAGCUUGAAGACCGAAUCAAGGAAGCAGGAGCAAAGGUUUUCGGAGCUCAGACGUGGGAUGAAGACUUGCUGCUGAAAGAUGAGGUGUUGGAUCGCUUCUCACUGGGCAAUAAACCCUCAACGCCUCUUCCAAAUAAUCACUUAUCUCUCCUUGCCAUGGUAGACUGCUGGUCUCAACUUGGCAUAGUCCCUUAUGACCACAUGAUAUGCUCAACUCCUCUCUUUCGUCUCUGGCUUGGCGUCACGGAAUAUCUGUUCCGCAAGCCUGCUCUUCUGAACGAUGUGAUCAGGAUUGCGAUCGAAGAUAACACAUUCAGGAGCGAUGACUUGGAGUUCACUUUUGCGGCGAGAGGAUGGAGUGAUUGCGUUACAUUUGGUGAUUUCGAGGGGUACAAGGAUCGGUUUCUGAGCACGCAGAACUUUUUUAAGGGCAGGUUUGAGGAUGCUACUAGGGUGGGCAAUGAGAUGAUAAAGACUAUCUUGGAGAAUACUCAGAAAUAA